GGGGAGGUCGAGCCGCCCACCCUAGUGUAUAGUAGGCCCGGCGAAAUCCACCUUCUGGUCACCCGUCCGGAAUCCUUUGCAAAGUACGGCAAGGGAAACUACGAAGGCUGUCAGGUUCUCAUGGACGAUGGCGCGGGGGGUCCGCUGGCGACAGAGGUGUACUUGGGGGAUUGCGACAAUCAGAUUAGCAUGACUGGCCUCACGCCGGAUGCGUACUACAGGUUCCAGACGUUCGCCGUGUUGGACGCAAACGCGGCCACCUUGGGCCCCGGCUCCAGUCUGGCCACCUACCUCGCCAGCAGCGUUCCCGUGUUUGCCGGGUACGACGAGAUCACGGGGGAGGCCACGGUGCCGGACGAAGCUCCCUGGUACUACGACGAGCCGCUGCCCGAAAAGCAAAAACCCACAUUGUUGAAACUCGGGUCACACGACCUCCGCAUCACGUGGCCGCUGCCCCGAGACCUCGGUGGCACGGCCUUGAUGGGAUUUGCGGUUUUGGAGAAGGCAACCGACGACGCUGAAGAUCUUCAGCUGUCGAACAACGCGACGAAUACCACAGCCAGACCCGGCUGGCGGGUCGUCUACAACGGGACAACCACGCCGGACGUGUUCCACGUCGACCGCAAGGGGCUGUCGUUGCGCACCAAGUACACCUACCGGGUGUUUGCCAUCAACAAGGUGGGCACCUCGAGGCCCAUCGAGGCGAGCGUGCGUUUGAGGGACCUGCUGCAAGUACCGCACAGCUACCCGACCGCGUUCCCGCAGACCGUUGUCAGCGGCGAGCAGUUCAGCAUUCGGAUGCAAGCGGUGGCGCCCGACGCCAGUUCUUCAACCGGCGCACUGGCCGUGCAGCCGCGCGUGGACGAAACCGGCCCUAACGCGGUGGAGCGGCCCUUUGUUCUGUCCGUGCAGAAUGUGUGCGAAAAGGACAAAACGGGGGUGCUGUGUCUCCGAGUGACGGAGACGCACCCGCUGUUCCGCGAGGACGACCUGUUGACGGAGCCGCUGUGCUGCCUGAAGCCCGAGUACCGCGGGGACGGCGUGUACGAUUUCUCGUUGACCCUGCACACACAGGGGGUGUUCACGGUGAACGUGCAGACCUUGGAGGUGGGAGGCCUGUUGGGUCAGUACUGGGACAACCAGUGGUUCUACGGGCAACCGUCGGACACCCGGCAGGAGGCGCUGCUGGACUACGACUUCCAGGAGGGUUCCCUGGUGGCGAACGCCGCCGACUUCGUCACGGUGCGCUGGUCCGGGUACCUCCUGCCGGAGUUUACCGAGGAGUACACUUUCUUCGCCAUUGCCGACGACACGGCCCGGCUCGCGCUGGGCGAGGAACUGCUUUUCGACAAGUGGUCCCGCACCGGCGGCGGAGACGAGCUCGCGGGGAAAAUUAUGCUGCGCGCAAACGAGUUCAUCCCGAUCGUGUUCGAGUACAAGGAGCGGGACGGCAACGCCCGGGUCCUGCUCCGUUACUCCUCGUUCAGCACGGCGAAGCAGGUCAUCCCGCCGGACCGGCUGUUCCGCGCGAGCUUCACCCAGGGCUUCCCGGGUUACAUCACGGUCACGCAGGGAGCGACCAGCGGGAAGCGCACCCACGCCUACGGCGACGGCCUCUUCUUCACGCACACCGGGAGGGAGAACCGCUUCUACCUGCAAGCCAAAGACGCCGCGGGGAACAACAUUUUAACGGAGACGGACGCGUACACGGUGAAGUUCGAAUUGGUCGCGCGGGACGCCACCAGCAGUGCGAAAACAAAGGAUGGUGAUGUGGUCGUGGUGGAGAAAACUUCUCUCCCCGUGAACCAGACCUCGCGGGACGGAUUGUACGUGUGCUUCUACUCGCUCCAAGUUGCGGGUCAGUACCAGGUGCACGUGAGCCUAGCCACGACCGCAGACGGCGUGCCGGAGCCGCUGGCGGGCAGUCCGUUUUCGCUGGUCGCCUCGCCGGGGACGUACCGCGCCAGUAACUCGAUCGCGUCCGGACACGGCGUUGCUGAGUUCGUGGUCAACCAAGAAGGUUCUUUCGCCGUCCACGUGCGAGACCAAGACCACAAUGCGCUGAACGACCCGUUCUUGCACGUGAACGCCGCACUGCAGUGGCUGGAGCCGGUGGCUUGGAGUCCGGGUUUUCCGGAAACGGCAGACGACCAGGACCUGCUCGAGGCGGAGUUUGAAUCUCGGUUCGAGGGAAAAGUGGCGUACGACGCAGAGAACGCGAUCCCGGGGACGUACCUGGUGACGUACCGUGCGUUCCGAGAAGGAUAUUACGACCUUUUUGUGAACGUGAAUAACGAGCCCAUUCGAGGCAGCCCGUUCCGCGUGCGCGGCUACACCUCGACGACCGGCCCGAAGAGCACCUUCGAACUCCCGCAGGGGAAGAAGAGCCGCGUGGAGCAGGUGCCAACCAACUUUACGGUCGGAAACGAGCUGCGCUUGCUAGUGCAGUUGCGAGACGCGUUUGGAAAUGCGUUGACGUCGCCGGUGCAGCCUUCGUUUGUUCCCCUGAUCCGCUCCAUCUCUUUCCCCGCGUCGAACGAAUUCGAUGAGGCGCGGUGCGAUCGCUACCGCGGUUGCAACUCGCCGGGCGGCCAGCAGCCUUGCGACGGCUUGCGCGGUGUGUACGAAUGCCGGCUCGUGCCGACGUUUGUCAGCGGCGAGCGCGUUAUUUCUGUGACGGUGAACGGGACCGAGGUGUCGACCAUUUCAAAAUCUGGUCUGCUGAACAAAACAGUUCGGAUUCGCGGUCCGUUCCCCAUCAAACUUGUUCCAUCGGCUAUCGCGCCGCAGAAUUCGCGGUUCCUUUCGGUUCCCGGGACCUUCGAAGCCGGUGUCGAGCGGCGGAUCAUUUUGCAAUGGCGCGAUCGAUUUGGGAAUUCGCUGCCGAACGUUACGGCCGCGGAUAUUACCUCUUUCCACGCAUCCAUGGACGGGCUGAGUCUCUUCUACGAAAAUAACGGCGAUGGCACCUACGGCGUGGAUGCGCGCGCCGAGCGCGCCACCCGCAACUCGACUCUGGUGGUGAGUGCCAAUGGCGUGCACGUACUGGGCUCGCCGUUUCAGGACCUGGUGGUGCUGCCGACGAAAGAGGCCGCCAACGGAAGCGCCUGCUCUUUUCCGUCGACCUUCAUUGCGGGCACCCCGACGAUUAUCUCCUGCGACGUCAAAGACCGGUUCAGCAACCCGCUGCCGCAACCCGGAUUUUUGCUCUACGGCAGCGCACGGAAGCUGACGCUUACCACAGGGUCGAGCACCAGAUCGCUCGACGAUGAGGUGCUAGCGACCCACGCGUACUGGAACUUCGUACAAAAGCAGUACUACACGGUGCUGAAUCUUCACAAACGCGGGGAGUAUAGCCUGAAAGAGGAGCUGCGGACGGAAGGCGGGUUGAUCGCAUGCUACUACCGCGCGCCACGCUUCCAAUCCUUGGUCCGAACAAGGGCUCUUCCCGGGCUCGCCGGUGUCAAUGCCGACAAGCGCAACGCUGAUGAUGGACAUGUCGGGGAGGCGACGGACUUCUUUACGCGCGUGGAUAACCAGGUGGACUUCGUGUGGCCGGACCUGCCCGUGGAGGGCGCCCCAGCGGACCAUUUCUCCGCGGAGUGGAGUGGGUUUCUGCUGCCGGUGUCAAGCGGAAUGCACACGAUCCGCGUGGAGACCGACGGCGACUGCGAGGUCAGGAUUGACGGUCAAGUCGUCAUAAACCGCAGCGGGACGAAAACAGCCUCCGUGGAAGAUGACAUCGGCAACGAAGAACUCCAGGGCCGCGUAGAGCUGCAAGCAAACCGCGAGGUGGAGAUCCGAAUUCGGUACGAACACGGCAUCGGCACAGCCUACAUUCGGCUGUUUUGGUCCAGUACCGCCUACCAGGACAGCGUCGUGCCCGUGUCCGCGCUACUGCACCCCUUGAGUAUCUUUCGCGACCAAACGAUUCUUGUGGCGCCGGCGGAGCCGCACGCGGAUCACACGUUGGUGUGCGCACCCGGCCAGUCGGGCGGCCCGGCGCUCGUGGAAGGAACAGAGGAGUGCUCGAUCGACCUGGUUUUCGCGACGGCGGGCACGAAGAACGUGGCAUACCUGCACACCAAAGACAAAUAUGGCAACCUGCGCGCCUCUUUUGACACCCCCGUGCCGAUCUCCGCGGAGCUGGAGACGCCUCAGCGGAAGACCCUCGUUGCCGUGAAGCGCCACCCGCAGAUAGGCGGCGUGUACAUCCUGGAGUUCUCCCCGCGGGCCUCCGGGCCGCAGAUUCCUCUCCGCGUGCAGAUCAACGGAACGACGCUGGCCAACGUGCCGCGGUUGACCAUCCGCACCGGGCCCAUAUCGCCCCCCCAGAGCCUGGUUGCAGGCCCGAACCUCGACGCCGGCACGACCGCGAACGAACGCGGGUACUUCAACGUGACGCUGCGGGACGUGAACGAGGACGUGAUCACCGACGUACCCGCCACCACCGUCGUAAACACCAGCCGCGUGGAGUUCCAGUGCACGAACGAGGGGCGCGGCGUGUUCGCCUGCACCUACCUGAUCACGCUGGCCAAAACGUACGACUUCUUCGUGUACGUGGAUGGGGUGCCCACGAGCACGGUUCCCUUUUACGUGCCGGUCAGGCCGCGCAAGCCUUUGACGUCCGCCCACGGCGGGGCUGCGGACGACGUGGCCCUGGACGAUUUGGCCUACAACUUUGCGACCAGCUCCUUCCCGACGGAGGUGCAGCGCGCGACGCCGAACAAAAUCGUGUUUGUGCCGCGGGACGAGCUCAGAAACCGGAUGAUGCUCAGCGCGGGGUUGCGGAUGCUGGUGUGCGAGUCGUCGGGGCCGGGGGAGGCGCUGUCGCCGCUGGAGGUGCAGCCCAUCGAGUCAACCCGGUCGCAGUCCACCGGUGAAGAGUUCUUCGAGCUGAACGUGUUCGUCUCCAGCGAGGCGCCCGUUGGGCGGUACUCCGUGGAGUGUUUUUCGGUGCAGCGCGGCGGACUCAACGCUUUGUACUACAACAACGUACAGCGGCUCGGCGUUCCCACCAGCGCGGUCGUGGACAAGCAGGUCAACUUCCACUUCGGGAACGGCCUGGUCAGCGGUGAAGCCGAGGACUACGUAACUGCCUCGUGGAGCGGGUUUCUUCGAGCCCCGGGGGAGGGCAUGUACCAAUUUUUUGUGACUUACAACGACGACGUGAAAGUCUGGGUGGAUCACGAAAUGGUCUUUAAUUCCGACACGCUUUCCGCGACGGCAGAGCGCCGGAAGCGGCUGCAGGCACUGCGUCCGGAGCUCCUGGCGGCCAAGACCGGAAGCACGAGCUACGGCAGCUUGCUGCUCGAGGAAACCAUCUCGCCUUCCGGUGAACCCGCUGCAACUUAUGUGCUCGAGGGGGCCUCCGGGGAGGCAAGCUCAUUAGGCGCAACGCAUUCAUCUUCGACCAGUAGUACAUCUUCCGCAACUUCCGGGUCAUUUUCUCUCUACUUGGCACAAAACCGACUGUACGCAAUUCAGCUGUACUACCGGGAGAUUGUAGGAGAAGCCGCAUUGAAGCUCGAAUGGACGUGCGAACAGUGUGGGAUGCGACGCCAACUAGUUCCAGAGGGCGCGUUCUACCAUUCGAAGCGGCGCCUAGACGAUUUCCCGCGCGCGCUGCUUGUCUACGAUCGUCCGGGCGUGCCAGAUGCUUUCUAUCGAGAUUUGACACCAGCACAGUCAGCCGCUCUGGAAGCAAGUGCACCACCCGGAGCCGCUGCGAUCACGCCCGUGCUGCUUCGCUGGCUACCGCCCAAAGAUGAUGGUGGCCUGCCGAUUACCGGGUAUCGCAUCUACCGGAGAGUCGGCGCCACGCCGUCGACGUCAACGAGCACCGCAGAAGAUAACAACAUGAUGCAGGAGAUUUUUGUGGAUGGCGAUGCUGCAACGACUUUGCAGACGGGGGUGGAGCUCGUCUAUGAAACUGGGACGUCAGGAGCACUUGACCCUUUCUCCUGGACGGACACGGGUGCUACAGAUCCGCAGACGGUGUAUGCGUACUACAUCGUGUCGCGCAAUGUCUAUGCGUCUUCGUAUCCCUUCGAAAUCUUGGUGCAACCAACGACGCUACCAAGUAAACCGGUGCCCCCGUUAUUGCAGGGUGCGGACCCACGCAGCGGGAUGAUGAUGCUGCUGUUGACGCCACCGACGACCAUGGCGAACACCCCAGUGCUGUACUACGAGCUGAUUCGCCGGGAAGAGAUAGUGGAGCACAAGCUGCCCGCGGUAGCGCUCCAGGGUAGCAUUACGGAGCCGAAAAACGUGACUCUGUACGAUUUGGUCCCCGGGCGAACGUACAGCUUCGAGGUCAAGUUCGCCACGCGCGUCGGCUGGUCCGCCGUUUCCGACGCUUCGGCCGCGCUUUGCUGCGACUUUGAUCCUCCAACCGCAGCACCCGCGAAUUUUCGCCGCGAUCCGUUUGGCUUGCAGGACAAUACCACGGUCACGUUGACGUGGGAUGCCGUUUUGGACACGGGCAGCACUCCGUUGACGACCUACCGCGUGUACCAGCUGGGUCGGAAUCAGACUGGCUUCUUCGGUCAGGAAACUUUCCACGACACGCCUAGUGGACAGAGUCUGUCGCUCACCAUAUCAGGGCUCACGCCGCACGAUACGUUCUUUUUCAGCGUUGCUGCAGUGAAUUCUGCCGGACCGGGGCCUCGCUCGGAACGGCUCACGGCGGUUCCUGCUUCCCGAGCUUCAGCGCCUCGCUGGUACGACCCGCAGUUGGAUUCCAUUUUAUUGCAGUCGCCCGAAAGAAUCCUCGUUCGCUGGAGAGCGCCUCUAUCAGACGACGGGACUUCCAGUGACAGGGUGAGUGGCUACAAAGUUUACGUGUAUGACCAGGCAGGUGCGCAGGUUCUUGCAUCCGUCAACGCCAUGCAGAGCUCGGCGCAGUCCUCUGUGAGUAGUAUUGGGGCUUCAUCUUCGCCGACGACCUCCGGACAAGAACCCGCCAACGUGACUGCUGCACUCGCCGCAACGCCUGCUCCGGCGCUAGAGCCCGUGGAUCGUUAUGCCUUCGCUCCUGAGUAUGCGGUGCGGACUGAUCUGAUGGAUGGCGUCCGCGGGGGGACUUUGAUUUGGAACGGUCUGGAUCGCUCGUCUGUUCUGGAGGUCAGCUACCUUCCGGCCGCGGACAAAGUGGGAGAGUACUUUCAAUUCGUUCUUUACAGCGUCAACCCCACCGGGUUGGGAGAGCCGACGAAGAUCCCCCUUGUUGUGCAGGCCGCGGCGAAGCCGCUAGCCCCCGGAAAGCCGGUGGCGGCCUCGUACCAAAGCACUCGGUCCAAUAUUUUUCUGCGAUGGAACGCGCCGAUGGACGAUCGCGGUUCCCGUGUGUACAGCUAUCGUGUGGAGCGGUCUCUGGAUAACGGGCUCAGCUGGACGGACCUGACCCUGCAACCAACCGGGUUGGAGGCUGCCGCGAACGCGCGCACCUCCGACGGAUUUCUGAUCAAUCGCUACUGGAAUGACGAGCUCGACAUUGUGUCGGCGCAGUCGUACACGUAUCGCGUGUAUGCUGUGAACACCGUGCGUACCGGGCCGACCCAGUACUCGCCCAUGUCCACAUUUGUGGCGGCGAGUGUCCCCACCACCCCGCGGAUUUGCGCCAACCGCGGGCGGCUGGUCGAAAACGUCUGCGAGCUCGCAGUGGCCACCUCGACGGAGCGCAGCAUCACGCUCGAGUUCACUGCGCCGCCGUCGGAGGUUGCGGUCACGGGUUUCUACCUGUACUUGGACGACCAGUUGGUGUGGGACGGCUCCAAGCAGACCGCCGUGUCCUUCUACACACUGCGAGGCUGUACCACGGGACGCUUCUAUGACUUUCAGUUGCAGGCGGUGUCCGCCGCGGGUGCCUCCAUGCGCAGUGCAAAAUUGAGUCGGCUGUGCGCAAAGGCGCCUUACGCACCGAGUGCCCCAGCCAUUCUGCGUGCGACCAAAACCUCAUUAACGCUGCGCUGGGAACCGCCGAGUGAUACCGGGGGCCGGCCAGUUACUGGCUACAUCGUGCAGCGCGCUACUUUGGAGGACCCGAAUGAAACGUACUCAGCGAUCCCCUGUCUGUUGGGUAUCGAUUCCGUGAUGCAGCUGCCGGCUAGUGAGACAAGUUGCACGGAUGGCACGGUGGCAAAGUUUUGUGGACCCACGGCGAGCUGCAAGUAUCGCGUGCUGGCUCUGAAUGGUGUCGAGCAGUCAGUCAAUAUGCUUACCGACGUGUCUCCGGCAAGAGUGCUGCAAGCACUGGAUGUACCAGCGCCGCCGCCGCCUUCCCAAAUUACUCGCGCGGUGCCGGAUUCGCCCACGGCCAUUGAUGUGUUUUGGAGCGCAGUGGCGAAUGCUACGGGAUAUCGGUUGUAUGCGAAUACCGGCAACAACGAGCCGCCGGUGCUCUUGUAUGACGGGUUCGGGUCCGUGACGGUUCGAACCUACCGGCACGACCCGCUCAUUCCGGGACGACGGUACCGCUACCAAGUCACCGCUCUCAACUCCGCCGUCGAAAGCUUUCGCAGCGAGGUGGUCGAGUUCCUUGCCGGCGUCGCGCCGCAAGCACCGGGCGUGCCGCGGUUGCGGAACACCACCGAAAACAGCAUCCACAUCAUGUGGGAUCCGCCCACGGAUUUGGGCGGAGGUUUCGUCACGAAGUACACGAUCCUGUACAACAGUGGCGUGGAUGGGUCGCUGCUGAGCAACAAGAUCGAAAUCUGCAACGCAAACGUGGGGCAGUGGCAAUUGAACAACCUUCCUCUCCCCCUCGGUGUGUACCAGAUCCAGAUCCAGGCGCACGGUCCCUGCCCGGGGGGCUACGCGCAGAUCCCGCCCCCGGUGUGCCCAACGGACGCGGAAGUGUGCACAGAGAACUCGCCCCUGUGUCCGAACGUCGAGUACUGCACCUUGAAGUCGCCGCUUUCACGUAUCGGGCGGUUUUAUGCGGCCCUGAAGCCGCAGCCCGUGCGCAAUCUGCAGUUCCUCAUCGAGACCUUCACCAAGUCCGCACUCACCGUCGGCUGGCGCGUCGACACGCCCUUGUCCAAAAUCCCGCUCACCGAAUUUCUUAUGUACCGCGACGACGGGCUGGGCGGGGAGUACAUGCUGGUCGACCGGCUGCCGAGCAGCUCCAGUCUCCCGAACAGCGUUUCCAAGUACGACGGCAACCAGUACGAAUACGCCAACUUGAUGACCGGGCGCCGCUACCACUUCUACCUGGAGGUUUGUAACAACGUGGGCUGCACCGCCUCCAAUGUGCUGGGUCCCAUGAUGGUCGCGAGUAUUCCGGGGCAGCCGCCGCGCCCCACGCUUUUCAAAUCCGUGGUCUUCCCAACGCCCUUCAUCACCGUGAAUUUGUUCUUCCCCGCCGACAAUGGAGGGGUGCCCAUUACCGGUCUCGAAAUCUACCGGGACGACGGGGCGUCCGGGGCCUUCUUUCUGUGGCAGACGGUGGACCAGAGCGUCACGCAGGUGACGGACACGAACGUGGAAGUCGGAAAAACCUACCGCUACCGCACGGUGGUGCUGAACGAUGUCGGUCCCAGCCCGAGCAGCGUGGUCGUCGAUUUUCUCGUGGCCUCGGCGCCGUCGCGGAUGGACCCGCCGGAGAUGGUGGAGCAGUCCCGCAACCUGAUCACCGUGCGGUGGAAACUCCCGGCCAGCAACGGGGGCUCGGACAUCACGGCCUUCACGCUCUACCGGAACGACGGAAUCGGGGGUCCGAUGGUCCCCGUGUUCAACGGGGCCGCCUUGAUGUACACGAGUCGCCAGCUCGGCACGGGCCUGCGGUACCGGUUCCAGGUGACGGCCACCAAUCAGGCGGGGGAGUCCGACCUGUCCGAGGCGAGCGAGAUCCGGACGAUCCAGCUCCCGGGCCAGAUCGGACGACCGCACCUGGUCGACAGCGUUUGCUACGCGGGGCUGACCACCACCAGUCGGCAGCCGAACACGGCGCAGGUUCGGUUCCGCUGGACGUCACCGCAGGACAACGGGGGCUGCGCUAUGGAACGCUACCAAGUUCUGCAGGACGGUGUGGUCGCAUUGGAGGUGGAUGCCACGGUCACUUCUGCAGAGUUUUCGAACCUGAAGUGCGCCUCCUCGCCGAAGUUCUCGGUGAUGGGCAAGAACUGCCUCGGCGUCUUCACCGGCGAGAGUGUGGGGCUCAAGGUGCCGAUCGCCUCAAUCCCGGCUAAGGUGAAAAACCUACGGGCCGAGGCUGCGUCGGACAAGUCGCUGAAGUACACCUGGGACCCACUCACCACGGAGGAGGAGAUCGGGAGCACCGACCCCAGUUCGAUUCAGGGGUAUGAGCUGUGGAUUGACGACGGUCUGGGCGGGUUGUUCUACCGGGUCUACGAUGGCUUCUACAAGCCAACCACCACGACCUACACCGCGGAAAACCUGGUGGCGCGGCGCACCUACCGAGCCUACGUGACCGCCGUCACGGUGGCGGGGAAGGGCAACCCGUCGGACACACUGUACAAAGACAUGGCGUCGCUGCCCGGCAAGCCGAUCCGGCUGGACACCGUCCCGUCCCGGGAUGCGGCGGGCGUGAUCCAGAACGACGCGAUCGUGCUCUCGUACAUGCCCCCCGUGUUGGACGGGGGCAGUCCCGUGACGAACUACGUGGUCCAGUACGCGAUCGACCCGGAUUUCAACGUGUGGACGCAGGUGACCCCGAAUCCGGACAACAGCGAGCUGCGCAUCGUCAUCGCCGGGUUGCAGCCCAGUCGCACCUACCAAUUCCGGGUCGCGGCGCAGACGCAGGCCGGCCUGGGAGGGUGGAGCAAUCGGCGACUGCACACCGUUGGAGGCCCGCCCACCGGGUCGGUGCGCACACUGGGUGUUUCCAAGUCCACGGGUACCAGUCUCACGUGGGACUGGGAGGUCCUGGACGGCGCGCUGCGUGGCGGCGCUGUGGUGACAGGCUACAAGCUCUACAUGGACUCGGGGAACGAGGAUCCAACGCUGUUGGAGGUGUACGACGGGAGCAACACGCCGAUGGUCACCGCGUUCACCGUGCAGAAUGUGACCUGCGGAAAAACGUACCGGGCCCAGGUGUCCGCCCUGAACCAGAUCGGGGAGGGCCCCAAGAGCAACAUUUCCUCGGGCGUGGUCGCGCUGAAGCCGUCCUAUGUGCCAAACUUGAACGUAACCUACGCGGGUCCGACUUUGUUUCAGCUCUCCUGGGACGAGCCGCAUCAGUUGGGGUGCGCGCCGAUCGCCAAUUACCGUGUCGACCGGUACGCAGCGUCGGAGGGCGUGUGGACGGAGUUGGCUUUGACGUCGGCAGACGAGCUCCGCUACGAGGACGAAACGGUCCAACUAGGAGAGCAGUACACGUACCGAGUGUCCGCGAAAAACGAAAUUUUGCCGGUGUACGGCACCUACUCCAACGAGGCUACCGGCUUUGCAGGCAAUUUCCCGGCCACACCCGGAGGGCUGAGCGUGUCGUUCCCGCCCGCUUUUCCAGCCGAUCCCUUGGGGAACACGGUGGUGCCGUUGGCAACGUCAAAUAGCGAGGAGCGAACCUUUUACGCACUUUUCUUGGUCCAAUGGAACGCGCCGGCGGUCAAUCUGACGAGUGAACUUCCAUUGAAAGGCUAUGUGGUGGAAGUCGAUGACGGCUUUGGUGGCGCUUAUCGCACAGCAGCGAUCCUAAGUUCAACGACAGCCGAGGCUACCAUCGGGGGGCCCGCUUUGGUGCUGACACCCGGGCGUUCGUAUCGGAUUCGCGUGGCCGCAGAAACCGCAAUCGGGCGCGGAGCCUUCACGAUGCCCACGGUAAAGAAAGCAGAGAGGGUCCCCGACCCGGUGCUGCAGCCGUCGUUGACGCGGGUGUCGGCGGAGUCGCUUCAGGUAUCCUGGUUUGCGCCCAUCGAUCUUGGCGGACAGCCCAUUACCUCGUACAAGAUUUUUGCGUACGACAGUGGCUGCGAGAAGUGGGAGGGAACCUCGACCACCGCCACGGUUGCCUGCGCAGUUGGGGAGACGAUAAGUCUGUAUGUGGGUCCGCGCAACGCCCGCGGGUUUGGAAUUUUCCAGCCGCUGCCCGCAAUCACCUGCGGAAACGUGCCCGAAGCACCUACGAACUUGCGCUUGUUCUUCGACGGGGAACGUGCGGGAAAUCCGCUUGCAAGUACCGAUGUCAGGUCUCCGUCCUCGUUGACGCUGGCGUGGGAUGCUCCGUUCGUGACAGGCGGCGCCCCGGUCUACCAAUACAAGCUGUACGGGGAAACGGGGCUUGGGUUUUUUGAGGAGCUCUACGUGGGCUCGGCCACUCGCUUUGAGCACGCUGGCGUAGAGCUCGGGAAAAGCUACAAGUACUACGCCACUGCCGUCAGUGCAGUGGGGGAAGGCGUGCGGUCUAGUAUUUUUUCCACCGGUUCGCACGUCGCAACUCCGCGAGCCCUCUUCGUCGGCCCAACCGUGUCUACGUUUUCCGAGGCGCAGGCCAGCCUCGAGUGGGACCCGUCAACGGACGGCUCCGUAGCUAGUUUUCGUGUGUACCGCGACGCCAAGCUGAUUUUCCCGCUGUCGAACUCGUUUCAGACGCAGCCUACCGUUCUCUCCGCGUCCUCGCACAGUGUAAACGUGACUUUUGCGCUGGAAAAACCCGGUCGCGUGUGGGCUGGUGUCGUCCGUGAUGUCGAGAAUUCCUUUUCCGCGCAGCUGUUCAAGGCAGGAACUACAACUUCUGGUGACUUUAUCUCGAGCACCUCCACCUCUCGGCGCCAGCAACUCUUUCUGGGCUCGAUGGACUCGUGUUCCAAGACGGGAGCGGCGGCCCUGGCGGUGGACACGGUGGCGACCCCGGUGACCCUGGCGCUGCACGGAUGCUUUCUGGAGGCACCGGGCACCUACCGUAUUGUGCUGUACGCGGAGGGGCAGGACUCUGUAGAGAGCGAUGGCGUGUUCUCGAUGCCGGUCUCCUUCUCCAUUAGCGCCGCAAGCAACUCGUUCCCCGCCAGCAUCGCGUUUUUGGUACCUCCGCCGCCGGUUGCAAAUGAGGCCGCGACCGUCACCACGGGCACCGUGGCUCUUCCUGCGCUGGCGACCAAGGCUACAACGCUGUCGGUUUCUGUGCGCGGCCUCCGAAGUGUGGGGCUAGUCUGGCUGGCUGUCUUCCAAGACGAGGCCGCGACGCCGACCGCGGACGAGAUCCAGAGCCACGCCGCUACCAGCUGCGGGGUGGGCAGCACGUUUGUGGGCAGUGGUAGUACCGGUGUUACGGUCUCGUUCGCCUGUGCGUCGUUCUUGAAGGGAGAUGCAAAGUACAAGCUUUACGCCUACGUGGAAGAUCCCGGGCGCGCGGCGGGCACGGGGACGAUGUCCCCGGCACAGCGAUUCUACGUGCAGCCAUCGAACGCUUUUGAAGUUGCGCCGUUCGCCUCGGAGUCACCCGAUGCGAACUCUACGGUUUUAGGACUGUCGUUUGCAGCUUCGGGUCCAGCGGGGACAGCGCACUUCGUGGUUCUACCUUCUCCGUUUCUGAACUCGGCAGUCGCGAAGACGGCCGUGAAGUCGCCGUUCUCCGGCCACAGCGAUUUUGCGACCGGAGACGUGGUGUGCGCGGGAUCGGCCACCGUGUCCGGGACUGCCGGAAAAUUGGUGACCACGACCCUGCAGCCCUGCGAUCUUGUCGCCGGCGGCAAGUACGCAAUCAUCGGCUACGUCGAGGAUGCGGCGGCCGCGGACGACGGGGCAGCCGUUUCGACGACCGCUUUUGUUGCUCCGGAGGGAUUGGCCUCGGCGACGAACUUUUUCACGCAGAGCCCCUACAUCGUGCCUUCCUCGGUCGGCUCAGAUGGGCCGGAGCUGAGAUUUAGUUCCUCCCUGUCCGGCACUGGGUUUUUUGGAAUCGUGCACGCGAGCAACGCUGGGUGUGUUACCAGGAACGUGCUUCGCGCCGCUGCCCUCGCGGACGACACGAGCGACGUGUUUGUGUGCCUAGUUGCGAGCAUCGCCUUGGACGCGUCGCUGUUGUAUGCGCAGAGCCUGAACUUCACGAGCUGCAACUUGACGGGGAACACCAGCUACGCCGCCUUUGCCUACGUGGAGGGAACCGCAGCUACCACCGUGAGUCUGCAAGGAUCUCUGAGCGAGCCUCUGCUCUUCACGACCCCGCUCUCCAACAGCUUUGCGGCAACGCCAGAAAUCGUGGGCACUGCGGACUCGAGUUUUCUGGGAUUAAGCGUCCAGCCUGUGACCGACGGGCUUAUUUGGGGUGCGGUCGUUGACAAAGCGUUGCUGCGCGUUAUGACGGGGGCGCGUGUGCGCGCAGGCACGUUUGCAGUCGGCGGAAACGCAUGUCGGCAGCACGCAACCGCUGUAAGCAUUUCUGGGGGCGUCACGAACACUCUUUCCACGUUUUUCUCUGCAGAUUGUCUAAGAACGCUCGAUCGGUCCCGCUCUUACGAAGCGUUCUUCUAUGUGGAGGACACAAGUGGGCGCUUUGAUGGAAGUGUCGCGGGCCCUGUUCCCGUG